AUGACAGGUGUGGACAGUCCAUUCAACAUGACAGGUGAGGACAGUCCAUCCAACAUGACAGGUGUGGACAGUCCAUCUAACAUGACAGGUGAGGACAGUCCACCAAACAUGACAAGUGAGGACAGUCCACCAAACAUGACAGGUGAGGACAGUCCAUCAAACAUGACAGGUGAGGACAGUCCAUCAAACAUGACAGGUGAGGACAGUCCACCAAACAUGACUGGUGAGGACAGUCCAUCAAACAUGACAUGUGAGGACAGUCCACCAAACAUGACAGGUGAGGACAGUCCACCAAACAUGACAAGUGAGGACAGUCCACCAAACAUGACAGGUGAGGACAGUCCAUCAAACAUGACAUGUGAGGACAGUCCACCAAACAUGACAGGUGAGGACAGUCCACCAAACAUGACAGGUGAGGACAGUCCACCAAACAUGACAGGUGAGGACAGUCCACCUAACAUGACAGGUGUGGCCAGUCCACCAAACAUGACAGGAGUGGACAGUGCACUGAACAUGACAGGUGUGGACAGUCCACCAAACAUGACAGGUGAGGACAGUCCAUCAAACAUGACAGGUGUGGCCAGUCCACCAAACAUGACAGGUGUGGACAGUGCACUAAACAAGACAGGUGUGGACAGUACAUCAAACAUAACAGAUGAGGAAAGUCCACCAAACAUGACAGGUGAGGACAGUCCACCAAACAUGACAGGUGAGGACAGUCCAUCAAACAUGACAGGUGAGGACAGUCCAUCAAACAUGACAGGUGAGGACAGUCCACCAAACAUGACUGGUGAGGACAGUCCAUCAAACAUGACAUGUGAGGACAGUCCACCAAACAUGACAGGUGAGGACAGUCCACCAAACAUGACACGUGAGGACAGUCCACCAAACAUGACAGGUGAGGACAGUCCAUCAAACAUGACAUGUGAGGACAGUCCACCAAACAUGACAGGUGAGGACAGUCCACCAAACAUGACAAGUGAGGACAGUCCACCAAACAUGACAGGUGAGGACAGUCCACCUAACAUGACAGGUGUGGCCAGUCCACCAAACAUGACAGGAGUGGACAGUGCACUGAACAUGACAGGUGUGGACAGUCCACCAAACAUGACAGGUGAGGACAGUCCAUCAAACAUGACAGGUGUGGCCAGUCCACCAAACAUGACAGGUGUGGACAGUGCACUAAACAAGACAGGUGUGGACAGUACAUCAAACAUAACAGAUGAGGAAAGUCCACCAAACAUGACAGGUGAGGACAGUCCACCAAACAUGACAGGUGAGGACAGUCCAUCAAACAUGACAGGUGAGGACAGUGCACUAAACAUUAGUGGUGUAUGCAGCCCAGCAGGGAGACCGAAUUGA